AUGUUACCUUUUCUUUUAACAUUUUUACUUGACAUUUUAUUUAUUAAUGAUAUUCAUGCACAAGAAUGGCAAUGCUACGAUGUAUUAAAACAAUGCAUCAGUGGUAAUAGUAAUUUGCUCGAUAUCAAUAUGAUUAAUUCUAGUAAUAUCAAUCAUUUUUGUGAAACCUAUACACAAUUAAUUAUUCCAUGUUUAGCAAAAAGAAUGAAUGAGAAGCCGGGUGUUACCUAUCGUGAAAGGUAUCUGGUUUUCCGGAAAUGCAUAGAAAAUGAUCUGUCGAGACAAAAUGAUUCGGGAAUUAUGAUGAACACAGUUAAAAUUCUACGUUUAUACCUAUACAGCUGCAUUUAUAAUAGUAUGGCAGAUAUGUCGCAAAGCAAUUGCUUUAUUAAACUGGUUCAAAAUUGUGUAGAAAAAUUCCAACAACUCGUAAAUGUUACUACUGGCCUUGUAAAAGUCAAGAUUUUCUGA